GAAAGUUGCGAAAGCUCGAAGUGCGGCGUAUCUUGAGGAUUACACUAGAAUCGCCUUUAUUUUCUGCCGUAUCCUGGCACUAGAACACUGCCACUGGUAGGAGUGUCCCCUUAAACGGCGUUUAAGCACGGCCCUGUGCAACUCCACGCCCCUCGAACCGAAGCGUCAUCGGACUCCGAGCCGAAAGCCGAGCGCUUGCGAGCGACCAAGGAAAAGGAAGUUUGUGCUUCUGUGAUGGCUGCUAACUUACUUUAUGAACUCAACACUGGUCAGCAGAUGCCUAUGGUUGGAUUAGGCACUUUCAGAGUACGAGGCACCAGCGUCAUAUACAACGUAAUCAAAACUGCUCUGGGUCGAGGAUACCGGUCUAUUGACACAGCCGCAGUGUAUCAAAACGAAACAGAUAUUGGAUCAGCUUUAACAGAUCUGUUGCCUCGUUAUGGCCUGAAACGGGAAGACAUAUUUAUCACGUCCAAGUUGGCUCCAGAGGAUCAUCACCCAGAUCGAGUUCAGAGUGCAGUGUUACGGUCUCUGAGUCAAUUGCAGACUCCUUAUUUGGAUUUGUUUCUUGUGCAUUGGCCUGGUACUUCUGGUAUUCCAGCCGGUCAUUCUGACAAUCCAAGGCUUCGUCGUUCUGCCUGGAACCAGCUGGUGCUCUUGCACCAGAAGGGCUUAUUGAAGGCUAUUGGUGUAUCAAAUUUCACAAUACGCCACAUUGAUGAGUUAUUGGAAGAUUGUGGAGGAGUAAAGCCAUCUGUCAACCAGGUUGAAAUACACCCACACUAUCCUCAGAAAGAUUUGGUGUCUCACUGUCAACGAGCUGGAAUUCAUGUACAAGCAUACAGUUCUUUUGGCGGCACAAACAACCGAAGUCUCCUGACUGAUCCAGUCAUAAUUGAGGUUGCUCAAGCUUGCAGACGUGAACCUGCACAAGUGCUUUUACGUUGGGCACUUCAACAGAACAUUGGUGUUAUUCCCAAGGCAGUCAGCGAAAAGCAUAUUGUUGACAAUUUUGAUUUAGAUUUUGUCUUGUCUGAAUCCCAAAUGACCAAGAUCAACUCCAUACAGACCAACAAGAAGUAUGCUUGGAAUCCGGAAGUGGUGGCCUAAUUAACAGAAGUGUAGAAGAUUUGUAUAUACA